AAAGAGGACUUCUAGAUUUCUGCUGCUCUAGGCCUAGGCUUGUGUGAUGCCAAGGACACUGGGUUGCAAGACAGCUCUGGUCCCCACACUCAGGGCUUACAGUCCAAGGGAGACAGGCAUGCGCUGGAUGUUGAGGGGACAUGGAUAUGAGGCAUCAAAGCUGAUGAGGGGAGAUGGGAGAAGGGACUGGUUUAGGAGAUAUACUGGCGCCAAUGGAGGACCUAUUGUGUGUAAGAGGCCCCCGUGACAUCUAAGGGGAGGAUUCCAGAAGACGUUGGGACUCCUAGAUUUGGCACUUCGUGGAGAGAUGAGAUCUGGGGCAGAGAUAUAGUGUCAUAAAUGUAGAGACCGGAAACAGGUUAGGAGGAUAGGUGAGACCAUCCCAGGAGGAAGGAGGAAGACAGAUGAUACCCUCGUGUUCUUGGCCUAGAGAAUUAGACAAGAGAAACUGCUUAGGAAAACCCCCCCUGCCACCUCCCUGUGCAGGCCCGUCGGAAGCUGGAGCUGGAAGCCACUGUUGCUCGCCUGCGGUCAGAGAUCCAGGAGUUAGACCAGAGCCUGGAGCUGAUGGAGCAAGAGACUGAGGCUCAGGACAUGGCCAUGGCACAGGCCCUGCAGAGCAUUCAAGACACCCAGCGUCGUGCUCUCCUCCUCCGGGCCCAAGCUGGGGCCAUGCGAAGACAGCAGCGUGGGCUUCAAGAUCCCAUGCAGCGGCUACAGAAUCAAUUAAAGCAUCUGCAGGACGUAGAGAGGAAGGCCAAAGUUGAUAUAACCUUUGGACCCUUGUCGUCAGCAGCCCUGGGACUGGAGCCUGUGGCCCUGGCUGAUGUCCGAAAAGCCUGUACCCUCCGGACCCAGUUUUUGCAGAACCUCCUAGUUCCUCAGGCCAAGGGAGGCAUCGUCUUAACCCCUCGAGAUGACCACUUUGGAGCUUCCUACCAGCAGUGGCUUAGCUCAGUGGAGACACUACUGACAAACCAUCCUCCGGGCCACAUCCUGGCCUCCUUGGAGCACCUGGCUGAAGAGCGGGAGGCAGAGAUUCGGUCCCUGUGCAGUCCAGAUGGGCUCCAAGAUACGGAGAUAACCAGGUCCCAGGCACCAGACCAGCCAGACUCCAGCCAGGCCCUGCCGUCCAUGGUGCAUCUCAUCCAGGAGGGCUGGCGGGACGUGGGUGUGCUGGUGGCCCAGCGGGGCCCCCUGCUGAAGGAGCAUCAAAUCCUGACCCAGCGCCUCCAAGGCCUGAUGGAGGAGGUGGAGAGAUGUCCCCUGGAAUCCAGAGAGAGGCAGGCAUUGGUGCUGGGACUCCGAGGCUGUGGCCUGUGGGCAGAGCUCAAGGCCCUGCGCGCCCAGAGCCAGGAGCUGGAGGAGGUGACUGGGCGCCGGCAGCUUCUGCUACAGGAGCUACAGGCCAAACAACAACGGAUCCUGCACUGGCGCCGGCUGGUGGAGGAGACACAGGAACAGAUCCGCCUGCUCAUCAAAGGCAACUCAGCCAGCAAGACGCGCCUGUGCCGGAGCCCUGCGGAGGUACUGGCUCUGGUUCAGCAAAAAGUGGUCCCCACAUCUGAGGCAGUGGCACCACAGUCCCAGGAGCUGCUUAGUUGUCUGGAGGAGGAAGCCCGGCAUCUUCCCCACCUUCCGCUGGACACCUUGCUUCGGCACAGCCCUGGAGGGCUACAGCCCCUGCCCACUGUCCUGCCAUCCAUCCAUCAGCUGCAUCCUGCGUCCCCGAGGGGCUCCAGCCUCAUAAUGCUGAGCCACAGACUGGGGCUGCCUGCAGGGAAGGCUCCAGAGCUGCUCCUUCCAAAGGCCGCCUCUCUUCGUCAGGACCUUCUGUUUCUCCAGGACCAGCAGAGUCUCCGGUGCUGGGAUCUGCUCCGCAUGAAGACCAGCCUGCCCCCAGGACCACCCACCCAGGAGCUGCUGCAGACCCGGGCAGCUCGGGAAAAGGAGCAGAAAGAGAAUCUGGGACAGGCCCUGAAGCAGCUGGAGAACCUGCUGACACAGGCGCUGGAGCGGAUCCCCAGGCUACAGGGGGUCGUUGGGGACUGGUGGGAGCAGCCAGGCCAAGCCGCCCUCUCCGGGGAGCUCUGCCAGGGCCUGUCCCUGCCCCAGUGGCGGCUGCGCUGGGUCCAGGCCCAAGGCGCCCUGCAGCAACUGUGCAGAUGAAAAGGGGGCUCAAACAACUCAAGAGCUUCCUGUUUGUUCACCCCACCAAAGGCCUUUGGAAGAGAGCAUCAUCCAGAUGUGUCAACCCACCGUCUCUACCCACUUGCUGGCCCCCUCACAGCCUGUUCCGUUCCCCUCAAUUGCCUUACACCUGUCUCUUCAUCCCAUUAAAACCAAGGCAGCAAGCUACUCUGGACCCCACCCUAGGUCCCCCUGAAACUGCCCUCAUCACCUUCACCCUUAGCAAAAUGUCAUUGAGCACCUGUCCUAAACACUGAGGAUCUAGCACCGAACAAAAUGGACAAAAGUUCCAGACUUCAGGAAGCUGUUGUUAUAGGACAGGGAGAUGGAUCCCUGACAAGUUAAGUGAGCAAAAUGUUUAGUAUGUUGGAAGAUAGCUGCUCUGGAGAAAAAUAAAGCAAGCUGUAAGAGGCGCAACUUUAGAUAGAAGGUCGCACACACUCUGUAAAGGUAAUGAGAGGGAAGCACGUGGGUGCCCAAGGAGGGCUUGU